AUGGCUCAGUUUGUGACCCACAUACAACCGACGAUGAUGGAAGCAUCGCAAGGGCACUUCCCGCACCACCACAGCCAUGGAAUGCAGCAUGCAUCCCAUUUGCCGCACAGUGGUCACAAUAUGCCCUCACCACCGACGGCCCUGCAUGGUCAUCCCCACGGGGCUGGUCAUCAUUCCGGUUCGCAUUCGGGCAAUGGGAAAUCUUCCAAGUCGCAGCAGCAACACUCUUCCCAUCAGCCACUUUCACCGAAAUCGACGGAUCAGCACGAGCAGCGGCAACACUACCAGUAUCAGCCGCACGUCCAUACACACCAUCAUCAUCACCAUCAGCAGCCGCCACUGAAGGCCAUUCCAGCGAUGGCCGGAAUGCAUCACGGUCACAGCCAUGCCCAUCAUCGUUCCAGUUCGUCGGAUGGAAACACCUCGUUUCUGCGCGCAGCUAGAGCAGGCAAUCUAGAAAAAGUUUUAGAGCAUCUUAAAAAUAAUAUUGACAUCAAUACUAGCAAUGCGAAUGGCUUGAACGCGUUACAUCUUGCAUCCAAGGAUGGCCACGUGGCUGUCGUAUCGGAGCUACUGGCUCGCGGUGCGACCGUAGAUGCGGCCACCAAAAAGGGAAACACUGCACUGCACAUUGCUUCACUAGCCGGCCAGGAAGAAGUGGUUAAGCUGUUGAUUCAGAACAAUGCUUCCGUCAACGUGCAAUCACAGAAUGGCUUCACGCCACUGUACAUGGCUGCCCAGGAAAACCAUGACUCCGUAGUGCGAUUGCUGCUGUCGAAUGGGGCUAAUCAGAGCUUGGCGACGGAGGAUGGCUUUACGCCGUUGGCUGUUGCGAUGCAGCAGGGCCAUGAUAAGGUAGUCGCCGUAUUGCUGGAAAGUGAUACGCGUGGAAAAGUUCGCUUACCAGCUCUGCAUAUUGCCGCUAAGAAGGAUGACGUCAAAGCGGCCACCCUGCUACUGGAGAAUGACCAUAACCCGGAUGUUACAUCGAAGUCUGGUUUUACUCCGCUGCACAUUGCCUCUCAUUAUGGCAACGAAGCUAUGGCUAAUUUACUUAUUCAGAAGGGAGCCGAUGUCAACUACGCUGCAAAGCACAACAUUAGCCCGCUGCAUGUGGCCGCCAAGUGGGGCAAAACCAAUAUGGUAGCUUUGCUGCUGGAAAAAGGUGCAAGCAUCGAAAGCAAAACUCGCGAUGGUUUGACCCCGUUGCACUGCGCAGCACGCUCCGGUCACGAGCAAGUAGUGGACAUGCUGCUCGAACGCGGUGCACCAAUCAGCGCCAAGACGAAGAACGGUCUCGCGCCGCUCCAUAUGGCAGCCCAAGGCGAGCACGUGGAUGCGGCCCGCAUUCUGCUUUACCAUCGUGCACCGGUCGAUGAAGUCACCGUCGAUUACUUGACGGCACUGCAUGUCGCAGCGCACUGUGGUCACGUUCGUGUCGCAAAGCUACUGCUGGACCGCAAUGCCGAUGCGAACGCCCGGGCUUUGAAUGGGUUCACUCCGUUGCACAUUGCAUGCAAGAAGAAUCGCAUCAAGGUCGUUGAGCUGCUACUGAAGCACGGAGCGAGCAUCAGUGCCACCACGGAGAGCGGUUUGACACCUCUGCAUGUUGCAUCCUUUAUGGGCUGCAUGAACAUCGUUAUUUACUUGCUGCAGCACGACGCCAGCCCGGAUGUACCGACGGUUCGCGGCGAAACACCGCUUCAUCUGGCGGCUAGAGCUAAUCAGACCGACAUCAUUCGCAUCCUGUUGCGUAACGGAGCCCAAGUCGAUGCACGGGCCCGGGAACAGCAGACACCGCUGCACAUCGCAUCCCGGCUCGGUAACGUGGACAUUGUAAUGCUGCUGCUGCAGCACGGCGCCCAGGUCGAUGCCGUUACCAAGGACAUGUACACUGCGCUGCACAUCGCAGCCAAGGAGGGCCAGGAUGAGGUCGCCGGAGUACUAUUGGAGAACGGUGCCCAGAUUGACGCUGCCACUAAGAAAGGAUUCACUCCAUUGCAUCUUACUGCCAAGUAUGGCCACAUUAAAGUCGCCGACCUGUUGUUAACCAAAAAUGCACCGGUCGAUGCUCAAGGCAAGAACGGUGUUACACCACUUCAUGUUGCUAGUCAUUACGAUCAUCAGAACGUUGCACUGCUGUUACUCGAAAAAGGAGCUAGUCCUCAUGCAACGGCCAAGAACGGUCACACACCGCUACAUAUUGCUGCUCGCAAAAAUCAAAUGAACAUUGCCACCACACUGCUACAAUAUGGUGCACAAGCCAAUGCAGAGAGCAAAGCUGGAUUCACGCCACUACAUCUGAGCUCGCAGGAAGGCCACCAUGAAAUGUCGGCACUGCUUCUGGAACAUAAGGCCAAUCCGGAUCAUCAAGCACGCAACGGACUGACUCCGAUGCAUCUCUGCGCCCAGGAGGAUCGUGUCAACGUCGCCCAGGUUCUUGUUAAACAUGGAGGCGAUGCACAUGCCGCCACGAAAGCUGGAUACACUCCGCUUCAUGUGGCCUCUCAUUUUGGCCAAGCCAACAUGGUACGCUAUCUGCUGCAACAGGGCGUAGAUGUAAACGCCGCAACCGGAAUCGGUUAUACACCACUGCAUCAAGCUGCUCAGCAGGGUCAUUGUCACAUCGUCAAUAUAUUGAUUGAAAAUCAGGCUGACCCCAACGCGGUCACCAAUAAUGGACAAACCUCGCUGAAGAUUGCCCAGAAGUUGGGCUACAUCAGUGUUCUUGACUCAUUGAAGUCGGUUACCGAAACCAAGACAACACCGGAGUCACAGCCAAUCGACGAAAAAUAUCGGGUCGUUGCUCCGGAGGCAAUGCAUGAGACAUUCAUGUCAGACUCCGAAGAAGAAGGAGGCGAAGACACCGUUCUAUCUGAUCAACCGUAUCGCUAUCUAACCGUGGAUGAGAUGAAAUCUCUGGGCGAUGAUUCGUUGCCGAUCGAUGUCACUCGUGACGAACGUCAUGACACAAACCGAAUGGCACAAAGCAGCGAAUCGCACCAGUUUCCGCCGACUGCCAUGGAAGAUUCCAUCAGCCCACAGCACGCUUCCAUGGUUCAGUCUGGAAUUUCAGUUACUGAUUUCGCGGAUAACAUCAACAUCGAACGACAGUCCCACGUCGGAAAACUACACUGGAAGAACUUCCUGGUUUCCUUCCUGGUGGACGCUCGUGGAGGAGCGAUGCGUGGCUGUCGUCACAGCGGAGUUCGCAUUAUCGUUCCGCCCCGUUCGGCUGCUCAGCCGACGCGGAUCACCUGCCGCUACGUGAAGCCUCAACGUACGAUGCACCCGCCACCACUGAUGGAGGGAGAAGCCCUGGCCAGUCGCGUUCUGGAACUGGGUCCGGUCGGUGCCAAAUUCCUCGGUCCGGUCAUCAUGGAGGUACCGCACUUUGCUUCGCUGCGUGGCAAGGAGCGUGAAAUCGUCAUUCUCCGCUCGGACAACGGAGAAACGUGGCGCGAGCAUAACAUUGACAUGUCCGACGAGAUCGUGCAUGACGUGCUGAACGAGUGCUUCGAGCCGGAAGAUCUUGCCCAACUGGACGAACUUGGCGGUGGCCGUAUCUGCCGUUUCGUGACAUACGACUUUCCACAGUACUUUGCAGUCAUUUCCCGCAUCCGCCAGGAGGUGCACGCCAUCGGACCGGAGGGCGGUAUGGUAUCCAGCACGGUCGUACCGCAGGUGCAAGCCGUUUUCCCGCAGGGAGCUCUCACCAAGAAGAUCAAAGUCGGUUUGCAGGCUCAACCAAUCGAUCCCGAUCUAACUGCGAAACUGCUGGGCCGAGGCGUUGCCGUAUCACCCGUGGUCACCGUCGAGCCUCGUCGGCGCAAGUUCCACAAGGCGAUCACGCUCAGCAUGCCGGCGCCAAGGGCCCACAGUCAAGGCAUGAUCAACCAGUACUCGGGCAGCGCUCCCACCCUGCGUCUACUGUGCUCCAUAACCGGUGGUACUACACGCGCCCAGUGGGAAGAUGUAACCGGUUCUACUCCGUUAACUUUCGUGAAUGACUGUGUCUCGUUUACCACCACCGUUUCGGCACGCUUCUGGCUAAUGGACUGCCGUAACAUAGCCGACGCAACCAAAAUGGCAACCGAACUGUACAAAGAGGCCAUACACGUACCGUUUAUGGCCAAAUUUGUAGUCUUUGCCAAACGUACUGACCCGCUAGAGGCACGCCUCCGCGUCUUCUGCAUGACAGACGACCGUGAAGACAAAACCCUUGAACAUCAGGAGCACUUUACCGAAGUGGCCAAGAGCCGCGAUGUUGAAGUACUGGAAGACAAACCGCAGUAUAUAGAGCUGGCCGGUAACCUGGUGCCGAUCACCAAAUCCGGCGAGCAGCUAAGUCUACCAUUUAAAGCAUUCCGCGAGAAUCGGCUACCCUUCUCGGUUCGCGUCAAAGACCAACAUGCCGACAUAGUCGGGCGGACGCUCUUCAUGCGCGAACCGAAAAUCGCAAAGGGUGAACCACCACAACAACCAAUCUGUAUCCUGAACAUUGUACUGCCAGAAACAAUCAUUCCAGACCAGGUGACUACCAUCGAGGAUUCGCAGGAAGUGCUGGUCCGCGUUGGGCACAGCACCCGCGUAUCGCCUCGUGAUCAAAACUAUCUAGGAGAACUUCGUGUCGUCGACAUCUCCAAUCUUCUCGGUGAAGAUUGGGUCAAGUUGGCACCGGAAAUCGGUGUUAAUGAAACGGACGUCGACAACAUUAUUGCCCAGAACCCAACUAGUAGCGCACAGCAGGCCCAGGCCAUGCUAAAAUUAUUCCAAUCGAAAGCUCGAAACGAUUUCAACAUUCUAGAGAAUGGCUUACGAACAAUUCAACGAGACGACAUCGUCGAUCGAUGUUUACGAACUACAGCAACAAGCACCUCGACAACGACUACCGUAACGAUGCGAAAUAAGACGGCAUUCUCGAUCAGCAAACGGAGCCACGAUAUUAACAUUAUCGCCGAGCAAGACUCCAUUGCAAAGUUGGUACAAAAAGAUGACCAAUUCACUAAGGAGGAGUCUAACAAAUACUCAGUUGAAGAGAAGCAAGUCGACGAAUCGGAAGAAUCCGAAGAGGAAACCAUCAAGAAAACUGUAGCCGAACGUCGGAAACAGAUCGAGAAGCGCUUGUCCGCUGACCGCUCCAUCCCAGCAUCGACUCAGAAGAAAGAGAUCGUCGAAGAAAUCAUCACCAUCAAACGAGCCAGCGUAAUAGACGACACCCGUGCGAAGCACGAAGAAGAAAUCCUAAUGCAAAAACCAAUCGACAAUUCGUACAAAUCGUCGGUAAUACCGGAGCCGGUGGUGAAGCUGAAAACCUCCACCGUCAAGGAAGGAGCUGCUGUUGCGAAAGACGAAUUCGAUCGAGAGCUGCAAGACAAGUUCAAAUCGACGCUAAAGAAUGUGGAAGAGUUCGAACACAAACCGCAGUUGCUGACCGGUGAGAAGAUUGACAACUCAGCCAAAAUUGUAGAUGAAAUUGCCAAAAAGGAUGCACCCAAACCGAGUAAACCAGACGAUGACAAGAAAAAACCGGAUACUGAUGACGAAUCUCCAAUACCGAAGGAACGAGUUCCAGUUCCAACCAAACGUACAAGCAUAACGCGCGAAGACGCUGUUGAUCAGGGCGUUGUUAUUGAAUCUAUCAAGAACGUUCAUGAAAAGAUCUCUUCGUUCGAAUCAAAAUCAUCUGCCGAAUCAAGCAAACGCACAUCAUGGGCAAAGGACUCCAGUAGUUCAAAGCAAUUGUCCGAAGAACAGGAAUUCCUGGCUCAGAAAACACAAAUCGACACACUAGAAGAGAAACUAACCAAAGAGAAAACAGAUGAAAAGUCCAAACUACCCGACUGGAUCGAGCAGGAUGAGAUUCUGGCCCAGAAGCGGGAAUUUGAAGAAAUGGAAAAAGAACAGGAACAGUGGACUGAAGAGAAGGAGAUCAUGGCUCAAAAACAGCAAUUCGAUCAGUUGGAAGAACAGUUUUUGCAACAGCAGCAGAAAAUGGAACAGAAAGCCUCCGACCUGAAGGAAACGUGGACUGAAGAGCAAGAAAUUCUAGCUCAGAAGGCCCAGUUUGAGCAGAUGGAGAAGACAGAACAAAUAUUCCAGGAGAGAAAAUCCGAAGUGAUCAGCAAAGUCGAAGAGACAGUUUCCUCAAAGACGAAAUCGUUUGCUGAAACCAUUCAAAAGGAAGUCGGGCUUGGUGAUCAGUAUCAUCAGGAAGUUCAAGAAUUCGCCGCACAAAGCUCCCAAACGAAGACUACCGUAGAGCAAAAAGUGGACAAAACUGUUACUGAAAUAUGCGAUUCAGAGGUUGUGUCUGAGACAAAAGAGUCAAGCCAACAAAGUAAAGCAGCCUACGACAAAACGGCGGAAGUCUUCGCUAAGGAAACUAUUACAAGUUCACAAGAACCAACGCCCAAAAUCCAAGAAGCUUUCACCAAAGAGAGCUUCGAAAGCGUUCGAGAGGAAACCGUUAGCAAGGAUCGCUCCGGAACGCUAAAAGAAACAGCAGAGAAGACAAAAACUGAAAUCGAAACCGGUGUACGACAGGGAGAGGAAAUUUUGGCCGAAAAGAUGUCCGAAAUAGGCGAAGAAUUCCGAAGAACCGAAGAAACCCCAGCAGUCAAACCGGACGAAAAGCCAUCCGUCGUUGAAACCGUUACGAAAAUGGUCACUCAGGAAGUAACUUCGAAAAUUCCGGUAUUCAGCAAACGUACCUCGCCAGAAGAGGCUCCGAAGCCGAAGUCGGUGCCGAAGGAUGAAAUCAUUGAAGAUGUAGAAGCUGCAACCAAGCAACCAGAAGCACCAUCGUCGAAAAUUCCACGAUUUGACAGCAGUAAACCAGCUGCAGGAAAACCGGAACCGACGAGCAUCAAAUCACCAGAACCAGACACAAAACAAACCAAGAUACCGGUUUUCAAGGAUCGAAAAUUUUCGGAGCAGAUCUCCAGCGAUUCAGGUGACACGGUUAUAACGCAGAAAACAGUUCGCGAUCAGGAUUCACUACUGAAAUCGGACAGUGAUGAAAAACCGUUGGAAGCGUACACCGCUGCCUUGGUGGAAACUGGCGAAAUAACUAGCAAAGAAGUAAAGGAGGUUCUGAGCUUUACAACGAUCGACGAGUCCGUGCUGAACGAACUCAUUACCGAGGAUGAGCGAGCGGUUACACCGGACGAUUUUAUCGACGAAAUCAUCGAAGAAGCGCAUGAUACGGUUCAACAAAUGCAGCAGGCCGAAAUCGCCGCGUACACUUUGGAUCUAAGCAGAUCCGAAGAUGAUGUUCUAGAGAAAUCUCCACAUCCAAUUCCGGAGUACGUGACCGAACGUUACGCCGGGGAUGACCUCGAAGAAGACGACCACGAACACGAAAAAUGGCAAGACGAUGCCCACUCGAUAGUGCCGGACGAUGCCUCCACUACGGAUCUGGAGGCAUUCCGGGACUACCACUGGCUGGACACCCCGGACUCUGGUACCGGCAUCGCCGUCACGAACGCAGCAAUAGCGCAAAAGCAACCCAAGGGCACCGCCAAACAGUCCAUCCUGAGGCAGGGCGUUGUAUUGGCCUCCACCGAAGACUUUGACACACUGAGCCUUCAAUCAUCCGACGUCGGUGACGAUCGCAAAAAAUCCGCUGCACAAGAGAUUGACGAAAUGACUACGACAGCUAAAAACUAUAAGACACGCAAAGAGUUUAAUCUAGACCUUGACACAGACACGACUACACCGAGAAAAACUGAACGCAAGACACGCUUUGAAACGCACCUCAAUCAGGGUACUUCACCGAUGACAGAUAUAGUAGAAUCUCCGGACAGUGUGCAUCAUUAUGGCCGGGGUGAAUCACCGGCAAUCAAGCUUGUUAUCGGACGCAAAGAGAUUAAAACUUCCGAUACUUCUGCCAUAACCGAAAGUCGAUUGACGGUUUACGGGCAUAAGGAUGUGGAAAUAUCUAUCAGUUCUCAGUCGACAAUUAGCCUGACUACUACGACAACCUCCAAAGAUGGACGAGAGGUAAGCUCUGAAGUUGUCAGCAGUGGUACCGGAACUAAAGAAUCCACCACGACUACAAAACGCUACAAACAAUUCAAACUUAUUGACGACGACGAAGAUUCGGAACGCGUUGAACGAAAACGUGACGAUACAGUUUCGUUUUCGAAAAAGAAGAGCGUCUACCUGUUUGGAAGCUUCGACUCUAGCAGCGAGUCGCCGAUAACGGAAGCAAGCGGCUCCGGUCACGUGACAGAUACUGGAAUUUCCCUAACAAGAGGUUUUACCGAAACCAUGACCUCACCAGGCGUUGUAUCAUCUACAGAAGAGAAAAAUAAAAAGAUCAGUAUUGUAACCGACACAGCAGUAGACGUGGAAAUUGAAGAGCUAGAACUAACCGAUGCCGGUUUAAGUCCAAUCCUGCCAGACGAAACUGAUGUUACGGCUGAUUUUCAAAUGGCUGAAGAAGAUGUCCAGUAUGCACACAUGGGAACUAGUCCGGUCGACUUUGAAGAACAAUCCAUGUCGGCAGCUCUGGACACUUCCGAAGCAGCCACACUAACUGAUCGCAUAGAAACAAAGGACGCAUCGAACAGUCCGCUGGAUACGAACAUAACUUCCAUCCUAAAACGAGACCUCACUAAAAUUACAGACGAAGAACUAUUGAUCGGUCGGCGAGGUUCUGGUGAUGUAAAAGCAAAGAUCAAAAUUCUAGAGCAAAACCAGAAAGUGCAAAGCGCUCAAAGUUCACCAAAAAAGAAAGUAGAAUUCGAAGAUCAUCAGGUGAGAGGUACUGACAUACAUGAAUCUCCCAAAAAGCAAAAGAUCGCUUCUGCUAAGAUAAGUGAGCUGAAGAAAAUAUUCGGCGAGGAGCAAGAACCAGAAGAGUCGAACAUAAUGUCCGAAUCGAUUCCGCCUAUCCAAGAAGUCAUCAAACAGUUGGAGAAGCGAAUCGCCGUUGAACAGAUUGACAAACGUGUGAUUGAGCAAAUCGACGCCUCCGCGGUUCGCACAUUGCCACCUCCGGCCGUCAAAAAAGAAGUGCUUGACGAUCAAGACCUUGCCGACUUGGAAGCUCAAAUAAUUUCUGUUGAGACAUUGAAAGCAACGAAGGCUCCGGCCCCACUUGAUCUAACCGAAGAAGACAUGAAACUCACUAAGCUCGUGCGAGGAGUGCAGCAACUAGGAUUACAAGAACAACGCAAACGACAAUUAGAUGAGCAAUUGCGAGAAACAGAGACCAAGGCUCAGUUAGACGAGCCAGUCUGCGAAAAAAUAAUUUGUAAAAAAUAUGUUCCUGGAUUGACAGAGAACGGGUCUGAAGAAACUGAGCCGAAACGAGCAAACGACUUGAUUAAAAUGUUCGAAAGUAAGCAUACCAAGGAUUACCAAGAAACGACACCUCAUAGUCCAAAGUUUACAAAGAUCCAACCAGAUGAUAAGACUCGAGCAAUAAUGUCGGCAGUUGAAGUGGAAAAAGUUAUCCAUAGUCGUUCAACGGUGUGCAAAUCUGACGAAACGCGACACGAACGUCGAGUAAUUGAAAUCAAAGAACUGGAGUCAGAAUCACAGGCUGUAGGAAAAUUACUAAUAAAAACACAACUACAGAAAGACCAAACAGAACAACAAGACGAUGAAAGCGAACAAUACGAAGAAAAACUAAAACAAGGUGAAAUAUGUAAGCUAAAUCAAAAUUUGAUUUCAUUGUUCGAUAAGGGCAUGGCAUUGGAAAAAGUUGCACAACACGAAAAGCAAACUAGGCAAGAAAUCAGAACAAAACAAACUCAGGCCAUCCAAGAAAAGCCAAUAACGCAAAGAUCACCAGAAGAAGUGCAACAAACGGUAGCAAACAUAAAAGCCCGAUUCAUACAGCUAUCGGAAGAAGACAAAAUUCGACAAAUCGAACAACACAAAAUUAAAACACUUACACUGAAGAAAACCUAUGCGAAAACAAAACCCGAAGUUAAGUCGAAACCAGACGAGGAACAAACUGAAGCAAAGGAUGCCUCACCAGUCAAGGAAAAAAUUGAAGUAGUCGAAGAAAUCGUGACUGAGACCAAAGUUGACGAGAAGCUAGUUGAAGCAGUUACUGAUGAAGCUAAGAAAAUUGAAGUAGUCAAAGAAAUCGUGCCUGAGACCAAACUUGACGAGAAUUGUCGAAGAAAUCGUGACUAA